AGACCAAACCGACAAUCAACUAUCUGCAGUUAGCAAAUACAGGCUAGCUGCCCGGUCACACAGACGGGAAUAUGGUGUCCACUGCUGUGCUCUUUAUUUUAACUGUCGGCUGUGUCUGUGGGAAAGCUGCAGCAGAAAGGGAACUUGUAUAUGUGACUGUGCUGUUUCGGCAUGGUGACAGGUCACCGGUCAAAGCAUUUCCCACAGACCCACACCAAGAGAGCGACUGGCCUCAAGGCUUUGGGCAGCUAUCACAGGAGGGGAUGAGGCAGCACUUUGAGCUGGGCCAGUUUCUGCGGAAGCGAUACAAAGGAUUCCUUAAUGACACCUAUAAAAGACAAGAGAUCUCAGUUCGCAGUACAGACUUCGAUCGCACCCUGAUGAGCGCCGAGGCCAACCUAGCAGGUCUCUACCCCCCCACUGAUCAGCAGGUCUUCCAUCCAAACUUGAUGUGGCAGCCCAUACCUGUACACACCGUGCCACAAAGUGAAGAGAGGCUUCUCUCUUUUCCUCUUGGAGACUGUCCUCGCUACAAACAGCUGAUGAAUGAAACUGAACACACACCUGAAUUUAUUAAUGUCACCACCACAUACAAGGAUAUUAUAGAGCUGGUGAGGAAUAAAACAGGACUGAAUAAGACCAAUGUGGAGUCAGUCUGGAGCGUGUAUGACACCCUCUUCUGUGAGUCCCGGCACAACAUGUCUGCUCCUGACUGGGUUACUCCUGAUGUUAUGGAGAAGCUCAGAGUGCUUAAAGACUUUGGAUUUCAGGUCAUAUUCGGGUUCUACAAACAACAAGAAAAGAGCCGGCUGCAGGGAGGUAUCUUGUUGGGUGAAAUAGUGAAGAAUCUUUCCAAGAUGGCCGUCCCAGACCCAAAACCGAGACUGAAAAUGAUGAUGCUGUCAGCGCAUGACACCACUGUAGCCGCUCUUCAGGCCAGCUUGAAUGUGUUCAAUGGAAGACAGCCACCAUAUGCCUCCUGUCAAAUACUUGAGCUGUACAGGGAUAACAAUGGCUCUUUUUCGGUGUCGAUGUUUUACCGAAACGACAGCACAGUGGAGCCCUACCAUCUGCAGUUACCAGGCUGCUCCCUUGACUGCCCCCUAGACAAGUUUGUGAGAAUUACAAAGCUCUCUAUUUCAGAAGACCGGGACAAAGAGUGUGAAGUGCCCUCGGAAGGGAGCAAUGAAGAAGUGAUCAUCAGUCUGGCGGUGUCCAGCUUUCUGCUCCUCCUCCUCAUCGCCCUCCUCCUCUGUGUUAUUUGUUGGAAGACGAAGCCAAACAGCAGCCGGGGAUACCACCAUGUGGUCAACCAGGAGGUCGGAGAGGAAUCCUGACAGAAGCAUAAACUCCUCUCUCGGAGAUCUACUAACCUCGCGUCUUGGGACAGCAGCGAUGACGAUGAACUUUAAACUUCUGAGUUACCAUUUGUGAUAGUUUCAACACAUUAGGUUCAGGGACCCACAACCAUAAGAGUCAGAAUGACCCUGUUUCUUUUGGGUCAGAAGGAAAAUUUAAGCUUUUUAAAGAUUUAAACUUAAGGUUUUAGAGAAUCCCAGCUUUUUCACCAUCACUCUGAACUAACAUGAUUAGUGAUGUUAGUUAUUAGUGAUGAUUGAGACAUUGUUGGAGAGACCAGGACUGGUUUCUACACCAAGAACACACAGCAGGGAAAACAUUUUUAUUAUAUCUAAAGUGUUCCAAUGUGGUCUGAUCUGCAAUCAGCCAAAUAGGUUCACGAUUUCAACAAAUAGUAGCCUGAUUUUUCUGCUUGGAAAGACACUGUCCACUGUUCAGUCUGGUUUUUGUUGAAACUGUCAACCAAAAUCAGAUUUGAAUAGCUGCAGAAAAAUUCAGCGACACAAAGUUGAGAUUUUAAAUAAUAAAAUAAUGGUAGGUAUUGUGAUGGAAAAUGGUGAGUUCUAGUUUUAGUGUUCCUCCUGGCAGGUCUAAUUUUCUUUUUAAAAAAUAUAGCACAUACUAUAUUUUACCUGAUUAGAAACAUCUAUGAUGCUGACAGGAUUAAAACUUAAGUGGCUAAAUUGUUUUAAUACUGAAUCUCCGUCCAGAGUGUUUCUAAAACAGGCCUGUUUCCGCAGGUUCUUCAUGUAAUCGGAUUACUUUUUUUAAUUGGCAAGAACACAGUUUUGUGUGUGUGUGUGUGUGUUAUUGCAAAUUCAUGUGCCAGUUUGUGCGUGCACAGAUCUGUGAGACCUAAUGACAGAGGUGCCUUAAAUAUUUUUAAUUGGGAUUUUUUUUUUUCUGCUCUAAUGGAUAUCACACAUUUUUGUUGGUGUUCAAGUUUUUGAUGUGAUCUGAAAACACCCUUAUAAAAAGUUGUGCUUGGUUUAUCAACGGAACAGUGGGGCGGGUGCUUUGGGAAAUUUGGGAAACUGUCAUUCACCCAGCGAGGGAGCUGACCUCGACAGCAAGCAUCCACCCCCAUGUAUCCUUUAACACGACUGAGCUGAGCCUCACCUUUAAGGGAAAACCAAGCAAAAUAGUCAACAAGAAUCAAAGUAGUUUGUGAUAUAUGAAUCAGCUUCUUACAAAUAGAGCUUACAGCAUCCUUUUAAGAUGUUUUUAAUGUGAAUAUGUUUGCAAUUUGGAAAAACUGAAGCUAUUUACAUUUGUGUGUUUUUAAAUCUGGCAGCUUUGACUGAUUUGAAAAAUAAGAACCCACCAUCUUUUUAAAUGCAGGACAGAAACAUAAUGCUUUUCCUUACGCAAUAUCAUGAAAAACCAAAAACGGUGAACCUAAAACCUUCAGCGCAUGCAGUUUUAGAAAAAGCUGCGGUUUUAUACAAAUGGAACUGAACGUUUCUUUUUUUGCCUUGGGUGAAGAAAAUCCAAUAUAUUACAAAUAAGUAUGAAAGAUUCUGGACUUUGACAUGAUAAUUGCUGGAUAAUUCAAAACGUUUGUCACACUCACUAUAGUCAACAUAAUUAAAAUUAUUUUUAUGUAUUGUUUAGCCCCACUCGAAAUUUUUGUUCAUGCUGUGAAAUGAUUGAUCAGACUUUGAGAAUGUGUUGCUCAUACUUUUUUCUUUUUGAAAAAUACAUGAUCAGUCAUUGCGAAUGUUGCAUGUAGAUAAUAACAUGCUUAGCAGAUGAUUGUCAGAGAAAACCCCCACUCAGGAAUGCAAAGCUACUAGUGUGGCAGCACCAAUCAAAUCUGUCCUCAGUGAAACCUGCUUUUACUGUUUUGUCACAGUGAGAAUGUUGGGUGCUUGAAACCCCGUAUAUCUGCUCACAGGUCAAGCUCAACAUUUUUACACAUAAAACUAAAUUAUUUUAAUACACUUAAACCAUGUAAUAUCAAAAAUGAUUUGUCAUGUUUCAAAUGUGUGUCUGACAACAAAUUAAAUAUCUACAAGUUGGCAAAUUUAUAUUUUCUGGCACAGUGAUUUCACUAGUUUCACUAAAAUAUUUAUCUCAGAACAGCUUCAAAGCUUGCCCAUGUUUUGCAUUGAGCCGGCCAGCUACUUCCUUGGCUUAAGUCGGCUGUUCCUCAUAAACUUGUUAACUGGUUAAUUCAGACAUAUGACCUGCUACCGGAGUUCAUGUCUGUUUGUAGUGGUGAUGAUUUGAUUUUUCACAUGUAGUUGUGAUGUGCUGUUUUAUUUGGUGGGAGAAAGGGCAGUAAACUAUCUGUUAUGUAAUGUAAUCCCCAUUAGGUUGAACGAUUGACAAAUUCUGGUUCCCCUUCGUCUUAAAAACAGUGCAGUAGGCCUUUAUUUAAACAUGGUAGUGCUUUUCUUGCAUACAUCAUUAGUGAUCUGUUGUACGAUAGGUUACAUUCAGUAUGGCCACGGAUAAAACAAUUAAUAAAACAAGUACCACUGCCUUUUUUUUUUAAAGCAGAUAGAGCAAAUACACAAAUAAUAUCACAAUGGAAAGAAAAUAUGACACUGAUUUCUUGCACUCUGAUGCAGAAGCAUGCACAGUAGAUGUUAAUUCUUCUGAAAUAGGCAAGCAGCUGAACACUGAUAACUUCAUUUUCAUUACUAUUUUUGAAAGUGUCCUGUGAAACUUGUUUUUUUUUUUUGUUUGUUUUCAUGUAUGAUGUCAAACUUUACAUUGUCAUUUACAGAUUGAGUUUCAUGACAGCUGACAAACUUAGUUAGCACAGAUACACUGAUUUUGGCAUAUAUGAAAAUGUUCCAUCAAAGUGAAAUAUUGCUUACAGGCUGCAGUCUAUCAUGAGAUUCAGAAAAUUCAUGAGAUUAUGAAAAACGAUAGGAGAGAGGGAAAGUGGGGGGAAAAAAAGAAAAUCAAACAAAUUAAUGUAAAAUAAAAAAAGAUGUAUAAAAACAUAUUAAACUUCAAAAACAAAAAUCUAAGAUCUCACACACACAUCGACUCAAGAUGUCACUUAACACACAUGGAUUAGAAAUUGAUUAACUUGGAGACACUCAAAACAAUCAAACAUACACCAUCCAACCAUUUCUUGUGCAAAAAUAUAUUUUUCUUAAGGAAUGAAACUGUUAGAUAUGACAAAAUGUGAUGGCACAUUGAUAUGUCCUUUCUGAAAGGAUAAAUAGCAAAAUAUAUAAUACAGACGAUUACUGAAGAAAAUACAUAAAACAAGUAGGAGAUGAAAUCCUACAUUCAGGCCCAAAGCCUUUCCUCUCAAGGUGACUGUCUUCUAAGUGCAAAUUGUUGCCUCACAGCUCCGAUAGGAUUAGAUUCCACAAAAUGUUUUUGGUCAAAAGUACGUUUUAGAGACUUCCACCCUGUUAAUGAACAAUCCUAGGGCAGAUUUCUACUCCAAUGUUGAAUGUAGAAUACAUACUGUUCCUUUGAUCUGUCAUACUGUAUAUCCACAUGUUCAAAUGAUACUGAUAAUGCUACUGCAAGUAAAUCUGUGAUAUGUUUUUAACAUUCAACAACUUGACAGUGCAUGGCACUCCUGUCUUACAUUUUCACAUAGUUUCCAUUAUAUAAUUGUGGGUAACCUAGAUUUGCAGUGGAAUUGUAACAGAGCAACAGAGAUUUUGUUAACGCCGGAGUCAUUAUUAAAGUCACCUCCACCCCUAA